AUGCCGGGGGGCCAGAUCCGUCGCUUGCUGGAUGGUGCGAAGGAGAAGCUUGUUGGCGUCAAGCGCAUGCCAGAUGAUCCCCUCGCAGCUCUCCGAAUGGAGUUGGAGGAGUUCGAUGGAAUCCUCGAGUCUUUCGGAGCGCUGGCAGCCUUAAUGCAGCAGCAUCUGCACGGCUUCGCCACAGCACAUCACGAUGUCUUGGACCGGCUGGUGGUCUUCACUCCUGACAGCCAUUGCCUGUCGGGCCAUGUGCGUCAGAUCCGCGUCGUCUUCGACUUGCUGCGGGAUCAGCUUGCGUUGGGGACUGAGGCUUUCGACAGCUUGAGUCACACGUGCCAGCAGCAGGCCCAACGAAGCCUGCCGCUUCAGGAGGCAUUCAUCGGCCGUGACCGUGCCUGGGGUGUUCAGCAGCAUUACGAGACGAAGUUGAAGCGCCUGAACGACAAUCUUCACCGUUCCGGCCCCGACGGCAACGAUCGCCUGGAGAGAAAUCGCGGAAAGCUGCUCCGCGCCAGAGCGGAAGUCGAACGGCUAACCAGCGAGGUCGAUGAGGCCGGUCGCCAAGCUGCGGCAGCCAAGCAUUGUGUUUUGGGAUUGGCCCUGGUGUCUCUUUGCGGGGCGAAGGCCGCCUGCCUGGAGGGCUUAAAGCCGACUCUCGAUCGGCUGCAGUCAGCGAGGUUGGCAUUGGAGCAGGCCUUGCGCAGCGACCCGGGCUUCGGUUCCUCCGCAGCAGACGUGCCACGGCAGCCCAGCGAGGGCUCAAAAGCAAAGAUGGAGGAGGCCCCAGCGGCGGGCCAGAACUCAGCAGCCGCGGCCGAUGGGCUGAUCGAACGAGGUGUUUCCUGGCCGGCGUGGCCCCAAGCGCCAGACCCAACGGGCCGGCAGAUGUUCCGCCGCCCACUCAUGAGCCUGGCCAUCAUCGGACUGAUGUGUGUCGUGCUUAGCUGGAACAAGUCUCCGCCGGCUGAUCUUGGCAGUGCCGCGAAGAACUAUGCAAAGGACAAAGCGAUCGGCGCAGGCGUGGACUGUCUUGUCAAAGCAGGUCAGUGGAUGAGGCAACAGGACGAAAAGGCUGUCGCUGCUCUUUCAAGGCCCACGCCUCAGGAGAAACAGUUCAUACAAGACAUCUGGGAUGCCCCAAGUUGGGAGUGGGACCUCGAGGACAGCGACGAUGAGACGGAGGAUAGAGCUAUUCAGACCCCGGCACCCGCGGCCACGCAGGCGCUAGCCAUAUUGGCGGCGGCUCCCGGACACGACCACGGCCGGAGGGACUUGGCGAAUGCAGAAGGCCCGGGUGCAGACCUAGCUGCCUUCGCCGCAGCGGUGCCGGAAGAUGUCGACGAGGACAUGAUCCGGGUGCCUUUGAAGAAGGAGAGACGUGACCUCCACCAGCAAGCUCGGUCUGCAGAGCUGAGUGCUGCGACCUGGGAGGAGCGCGAGGCGGCGCUUGGGUCUUCAGGUGGCACUGCUCAACUCACACUGCGGAAUCAGUUGAAUGCGCAGUAUGCAGGCGUGAUUGAAGUUGGCACGCCGGGGCAGCAGAUCAAGGUUCUCUUCGACACGGGCUCUUCGAACUUGUGGGUUCCUACCAGCACCGGGCUUCAGUCACAUCGAUUGCUCGGCUACCACCAGGGCUUCUCUUCCAAGAAGUCUUCAACAUUCCAGGACGGCGCCUUGAACUUCCACUUCGUGUACGGAUCAGGGGGCGUCUCUGGUAAGUUCUGCUCCGAUGAUGUCUCUAUCGGCGGCUUGAAGAUUUCGAACUUCUCCUUUGCCCAAGUGGACGAUGUGCGCGGCCUUGGUACCAUGUACACCUCAGCAUUGUCUCUCCGAUUCUCCGCCGCCAUGUCGACGGCCAAAUUGGAGAAGAAAAUAUGGAAGCUCGAGACGAAACUGCGAGAAGAAUUCCGAGCUGAGCUGCAAAACACCAUGAUGGACUGCAUCGCGAGAGUGGAGAAACUUGAGGCUCAGAUCCAUAAUCAUCCGAUUUUCUCACGCCGAGCAAGCGAAGAAGAGGGCAUGAUAACGAUUUCUGUGGACUCCGCGAUCAACGCUGUGCCAAGGUUGCAGCUGAAUGGCAUUCAUUUUGAGCUUAAUCGUGAUCUGAAAGAUUCUUUCUCCAUCGACGACUUGUCUGUGCCGACGGUGAUCAAAUCCGUCCCGGCGAAGAUCGUGGCCCCUCCGGCCAAGCCACUUGCCCCUCCGGCAAAGCUGCUUGUUCGACAUAGUUUGUCGUUGUCGAAACCGAAAAUCGGAAGCCGUGCGACCCACUCAGAGAUAUGGCUCCCGGCGAGGCCUAGGGGUUCAGGGUUUUGGUCAUGA